AUGCACUGCCCCAUGACACUAACAAACCCGCCAAUAAGCAGUCACGCCUUCCGUAGAGGCACAGAAGAAGGCACACAUGCCCCCACCUUCUUCCCCUCUCAGUUCAGUGCCUCCCCUCUCUCAUCCCGUCCACCCCUCACCACUCCCUCCCUCCCCUCUCUCAUCCGUCCUCCCUCUCUAGUCCCUCACUCUCCUCUCCCAUCCCGUCCUCUCCUCUCGCAUCCCUCCCGUCCCUCUCUCCUCCCAUCCCCCCCUCUCUCAUCCGUCCCUCUCCUUUCUCAUCCCGUCCUCUCCUCUGUCAACCCUCACUCACCUCUCUCGUUACGGCCUCCCCUUUCUCAUCCAUUACUCUCCACAAUUAUCCCGUCCUCGCCUCACUCAUCCCUCCCUCUCCUUUCCCAUCCCGUCCUCUCAUCUCAUAUCCCUCACUCUCGUCUCUGUUCCCUUCCUCCCCCUCAUACCCUCCUCUCCGAGUUCAGCCCUUCUCAUCCCCCUCUCUCCUCUCAGGACCGUGUCCACCUCCCUCUCCGUGUCCACCUCCCUCUCCGUGUCCACCUCCCUCUCCGUGUCCACCUCCCUCUCCGUGUCCACCUCCCUCUCCGUGUCCACCUCCCUCUCCACUAUCAUCUCGUCCUCUCCUCUAUCAUCUCGUCCUCUCCACUAUCAUCUCGUCCUCUCCUCUAUCAUCCCUCCGUCUACUCUCUCAUCCCUCCCAUCCCUUUCUCCUCCCGUCCCACACUCUCUCAUCCCUCCCUCUCCAUUCUCAUCCCGUACUCUCCUCUCUCGUCACGGCCUCCCCUCUCCCAUCCCGUCCUCUCCACUAGCAUCCCGUCCUCCCCACACUCAUGCGUCCCUCUCCUUUCCCAUCCCGUCCUCUCGCCUGUAAUCCCUCGCUCUCAUCUCUCAUCCCUCGCUCUCAUCUCUCGUCCCUCACUCUCAUCUCUCAUCCCGUCCUCCCCCUCUCAUCCCUCCAUCUAUCGUCCCUUCCUCCGCUCUCUCAUCCCGUCCUCCCCUCUCUCCUUUCGUCCUCUCCUCUCUCCUCCAGUCCUCUCCUCUCCCAUCUCGUCCUCCCCUCUCUCAUCCACCCCCUCUCUCAUCCCUCCCUCUCCACUCUCAUCCCUCGCCACGCCACGAUGUGGGAUCCCUGCCGCCGCUGGGUGGCUGCCUCGCCACCCCGCUAUUGCAAUCGGCGCCACGCCGACGCGCCUCCUCAACGGCUUGCAUCGUCCAGGUCGCUCCUCCCCUUUCUCCCCGGUCGCCAUUCCAACCCCCCCCCCCCCCCCCAUGUCGCUCCUCCCUGUCCCCCAGGUCGCACCCCCCCUUUCCCCCAUGCCACACCUCCCUGUUCCCCCCCACAGAGCACCUUAUCACUCCCUCACAAUGCACUACCCCUCCCAUCCCUUUGCUUCCUCUCCCCUCCAAUCCCUUUUAUUCUCUUCGCUUCCCAUCCCUCGCCUUCCCUUCCACCGACCUCCCUGCACUUCCUAUGCCCCUCUCCUCACAUCCCUCUCCGCUCUCGUCCCGUCCCCCGCUCUCCCCUCCCUCUCCGCUCUGAUCCCUAACUCUACUCACUCAUCCCUGCCCCGCCAUCCCUUCUCUCAUUUCUCGCGGAUCUAUCUCAUCCCGUCCACCACUCUCUCAUCCCGUCCACCACUCUCUCAUCCCGUCCUGCGCUCUCCCAUCCGUGACUCUCCGGUCUCUUCCCGUCCUCCGCUCUCUCAUCCCUCCCUCUCUGCUCUCAUCCCGCCCUCCCCUCUCUCAACAACUUCCCUCUUUGCUCUCAUCCCGUCGACCGCUCUCCCAUCCCUGCCCACCCAUCCCUCAUCCCGUCCGCCGCUAUCUCUUCCCUUCCUCUCCUCUACUAUCCCCUCCUCCGCUCCCUCAUGCCUCCCUCUCCUCAACUAUCCCGUCUGCCGCUCUCUCAUCACUCCCUAUGCCCGUGUUCCCCACUCCCCCGCAGGGCACGUGGGCCCUGUGUCUCGUGGGGGCCGUGCUCUACCUUGCGCUGCAGGUGCUUUACCAUGUGCCACAGUGAGUAAUGCGCCUCAACGGAACGCCCUCACACGUCCCCCCCUCCCUUCUCUCAUCCCCUCCUCCCAUCUCUCCUCCCCGCCUUCCCUCCCUCACCCGCUCCUCCCAUCGCUCAUCCCCUCCUCCCCUCUCUCAUACCCUCUUCCCUCUUUCAUCCGCUCCUCCCCUCCCUCAUACCCUCCUCCCCUCUCUCAUCCCCUCCACCCCUCCCUCAUCCCCUCCCUCUUUCUCUCAUUCCCGCCUCCCCAUCACUCCUCCCCUCCUUCCUUCUCUCAUCCCGUCCUCCCCUCUCUCAUUUCCUCCUCCCCUCUCUCAUCCCGUCCUCCCCUCUCUCAUCCCCUCCUCCCCUCUAUCAUCCCGUCAACCUUACCUCACAAAAUAGUAGGCACUAGUAGUGAUGACAUUGAACGUUUUUAA